GUUGGAAAAAUUAUUCAAAUAUGAAGACGCUACUAAAGUCUUUAAAGUCCUUGGACUUUUCCAAAACACUGUUCACUCCACUAGACGAACAAGAGGAAAAGUGGAUAGAAAUUUUCUUGCAGCAGUCCUCUGAGAAUAAAGUUACUUUACUUUCACCUGGUGGAAAGCUUCAGAUACCUGUUGAAGAGCUUAAACUUCUGGUUCAAGAUGGAUGGAUUACGGACAUAGUCAUUGAUGGCUAUUUAUCACUUUUAAUAGGAGAAAGUGACAGUUUCUUUAUAGCAGGAAACACAACCGCCAGCGAAAUACGAGAUGUUUUGUUUAGGCCUCAUAUAUUCGCUUUUAGUCCGUUCUUCUACACUAGACUUUGUGGCAGCGGUGAAGAAUUUGACUUUGCUGGUGUUAGACAGUGGACAGUUGCUUCAAAGAUAGACGUCCUUCAAAGGGACCUAUUGCUUUUUCCCAUCUUGCAUUCUAAAGUACAUUGGUUCCUAACCUGUUUGGAUCUUCGAACGCGAAAAGUACUAUUUUUGGAUCCCUAUCCAGGAAGGUUACCGGUGAAAGAAGUAUGCUCGAAUUUACUCCGUUGGUUGAUAAAUGAAGUUUCAGAAAAAUACGGUGAGACAAAAGCGAGGGAUUUAGAACCAAGCGGUUGGAGAAUAGUGAACUGUUUUGAUAUUCCGUCCCAGAGAGACACGAAUAACUGUGGUGUUUAUCUGCUUCUUUUUGCACAUCAUCUUGAGCAAGGUCGAGUUAUUAACUUUACUCAAGAGGACGUUUCCAAUGCCCGUAAAAGAAUUUUAUUUAGCAUUCUUUCUUCCAAGUUGUACACAUUGCCCGAUGACUUUAGUUGAACAAUAAAGAAUCGGGGUUUACC